AUGGCAUAUGGUGCGGUGAGUUUCCUGCUGGAAAACGUGUCGCGGCUGCUGACGUCGCAUGCCGAUCUUCUCUCAGGCACCGGAGCAGAAGAGGAGCUCCGUCUGCUGACGAACGAUCUCAUCUCUUUCAAGACUUUGCUGGAGCCCGAGUCAACAAGGUCGAAUAAAGACACACGACUCAGGGAAGUUGAAAGGCAAAUCAAGAAAGUUGUGUAUGCCAUUGAGGACACGAUCGACGCUUGUGUGACUCGUCUGGCCGCGGCAGCUGCGGACUGUAAAUAUAUCUCCGGUCGCAGACGAGAUCUAGUCGACCUGGCGCCUCCUGACCUGGCACAGCUCGUCAGGUCCCUUAGGAAAGAUGAGUUGAAACCUGCCAUGGACAGCCUCAUUGGGGCUGACAUUGCUAAGGCACAAAUUGGCCGCGGCGAAUCUGAUGGGUCGAGACAAGCAAAGCAGGAGCCACGGCUGAAAAUGGCACCGUCAAUCAUGGGAGACGGCAUCAUAGGUCUGGAAGAUGAGGAAAGAGAAUUAAUCAGAACUCUAACCGUGCAAAAAUAUUCUCCUGGUGCGAUGAGCAUCAACACCCUCAUCGGCAUGCCUGGCCUCGGGAAAACAACUCUAGCUUGGAAGGCUUACAACAACGAUGAAAUCCAACGGGAGUUUCCCACCCGAAUAUGGGCCUCUGUCUCCCGAGAUUUCAACCUGAGAACCAUCUUUCUUGUCAUCCUCCACGAAUUCACGAGCAAGGACAUGUCCAACGAGACGACCUCUGACCUGGCAAAAGCUAUUUGUGCGUCUCUGCAAGAGAGGAGGUUCCUUUUGGUCCUCGACGAUAUAUGGACUACCAAGGCAUUGUCUAUCAUCAUAUCUGCCUUGCCAGGGGACAACGAGAGGGGUCGAGUCCUUGUCACCACCCGUAAUCACAAUAUCUCCUGCCCGGCCAAACAUUGGGAGCCACCCCAGAGGCUGGGUUUCUUGACGAAUGACCAAGGUUGGCGACUACUUCAGUUCAAAGUAUUCGGGAAGGACGGGCAGUGUCCUCCACAGCUGCAAGGGCUGGGGCGUCAUAUAAGCCAACGAUGCCAAGGAAUACCGAUGCUGUUGUUGAUGAUAGCAGGGAUUCUUAUGGACUACGUCUCACAAGCAAAAACAAGCGUUGCCAUCGUUAAAUCGUGGAUAGAGCUAUCUCAAAGCCUGGACAAGUACACUCGUGGUGGAUCGGAUGUUUUCAGCAAUGUUUUGGAAUUGAGUUAUGAUAGAAUGCGUGACGAGUUGAGGGACUGCUUUCUUUAUUUGGGGGUGUUCCCAGAAGAUUAUGAGAUCCCGGCUUGGACAUUGACCCGACUGUGGAUUUCCGAGGGGUUCGUUCAACCCAGGCAGGGACAGAGCUUGGAGGAGAGAGCACACCAGAAUCUAAUAGAUCUCAUCGACCGCAACUUGGUCAUCGUUGAUAAACUUAAAAGCAACGGUGACGUCAAGAUUUGCCGGAUUCAUGAUACAGUGCACGACUUUUGUAAAGCAGAGUCCGAGGGGAAAGAGCAUCUCUUCCAAGUAUUGACAAAAAAUGACGAUGGAACUUUCAUCAAACCUUCUCAAAACAAUCAGCACCGCCGCAUUUGCAUUCAUUCCAAUGUCCUGGAAUUCUUCUCUCCAGAGCCGUACGCCCCAGCCACUCGUUCUUUCCUUUCUUUCUCCGGAGAAGAAAUCGCCUUGCCAACCGAGGCCAUACCGAAAAUCCCGGGGGUCUUCGAGUUGGGACAGAGCUUGGAGGAGAGAGCACGCGAGAUCCUAAUGAAUCUCAUCGACCGCAACUUGGUCAUCGUUGAUAAACUUAAAAGCAACGGUGACGUCAAGACUUGCCGGAUUCAUGACACAGUGCACGACUUCUGUAAAGCCGAGUCCGAGGUGAAAGAGAAUCUCUUCCAAGUAUUGACAAAAAAUGCCGAUGGAACUUUCACCAAACCUUCCCAAAACAAUCCGCACCGUCGUAUUUGCAUUCAUUCCAACGUCCUGGAAUUCUUCUCUCCAGAGCCAUAUGCCCCAGCUACUCGUUCUUUCCUUGAUUUCUCUGAAGAAGAAAUCGCCUUGCCGACAGAGGACAUCCCCAAAAUCCCGGGGGCCUUCGACUUGGUGAGGGUUUUACAUGUCAAGCCCCUCGUGUUCAGAAUAUUCCCACUUGGGCUGACGCAGCUCGUGCUUCUCAAGUACGUGGUCCUGUCUAGUGACUUCAAAGUCCUUCCAGAAGCCGUUUCCAGGCUAAGCAACGUGCUGACUCUCGUAAUCCAUACAUCGUCCCGUACUUUGUCAAUCAAAGCCGAUAUUUGGACGUCGGCGGUCCAGCUGAGAGACUUGAAGACAAACGCGUCAAUUACUCUGCACAAAAAACCAGCAGCUGGCAAAAACCGAGGGGGCCAGCAUCUUCAGACACUGGCCAACAUAUCACCGGGCGAUUGCACCCUCGAGUUGUUCGAGCGAGCACAUCACCUCAAGAAAUUAAGGCAUUCGGGGAAUACUUGCCACUAUGAAUUUCGACAACUUGGGAGUACUAAAUGA